AACUACCGUUCUUGAACAAGCAGCAGCAAGCCGUGAAGUGCGCUGGAAAAUCUGGAGAAUUUAAUGGUUUCAUUUGGUGCUACAAUUAUUACUUCAUAAUGGCCAACAGCACGAAAGAACCAUCCGGAUGGUUUUUGCGCCGGUUAUACCACCCGGAAUUCAGCAUCAUCGAUAUUCCGAAGUCAGGCUACAUCGAGAUAUGCCGAGAUCAGAAGAGAUCCUGCAUUAUCCUUCCUCCGUCGCGUUUUCGGCAUGUAUCUCGCGCUCAUUGUCGCCUGGAAAUCAUCAACAACCGGGUUAUUAUAAGCGAUAAUCAGUCUGCAACCGGCACGUACGUGAACGAUCGGGAGCUGAGCAAACUGUCGCCGGGUACGAUCGAACUAGAGGAAGCCGAUCUUCUGGGAGUAGGCACAAAAACUGUGCUUGAUCCCGAAUACUACAUUGCCAAAAGGGAUGCUCUAUUGUUCCGCAUCUGUAGGCGACGCAACAGAAAUACUGAGAUUCCGAUCGUGUUAAGCAGCGAUGAGGAAUCAGAUGCGCCCGAGGCUGCUAGCCGUCCGGCCCCUGUGCCGAUGGAUGUUUCGAAGGAAUCGAAUGAACAAAAUGAUAAAACCACCGCCGCUUCUGCUUCGAUCAGGACGAGUGUUUUCGAGGAUAGAUCGGUAUGUGUUGAGAUUCAUGAUCGCAUGGAUUCGAGCUCGUCGGCGCAAACGGACCGUAUCGUGGAUAUCAUCCUUCAAAAAGGGUAUGAAUCCGAUACAGGUGCUAGGUCUGAUGUAGAGGAUGUGAUCAUGCUUAUCUCGGACGAUGAAGACUUCUCCGAGCAGCAUUACUCUCAGCUCCUGUUAAAGGACAUAAAGAAGGAGACGAUGGAUGAUGGGAUACUAGAAGGUCAGGAAUUGUUGGAACAGCCCGAGCUAGCCGAUCGUCAGGAGGUGCAGGAUGACGAGCAGGGUGGGUUUUCGAACCUUAAAAAGGAUUCCGAUUUGCGGAUGUCCCAAUCCGUUCCAUCAUCGGAAACUGUUUCGCCUCCACCGGAAGUUAUUCCACCUCCAGAGGUUGUGCCUCCACCGGAACCCUUACCUGAAAUGAGUGUAGAUAUCGCUGAUCGUCCGAUGUCAAGCGCCACCAUUGUGCAUCGUAAAUCUAUUUGUUUGCUGGAUGAGCCUGAGCCGCUGAAGGGUAAGCGAUCGAUAAUCCAACGCCGAUCAUCCGUUGCGACGUACUCUAGCUUCGAAGCAAUGAUUAACAAAAAGAAACGCCGUGGCAGUGUUUCGUCCCGACCACCGCAAACCGUUCAAACGCUGGCCAAUAAGGAAGAAAGAGCCAAAAAGUUGCGGGAGUUGACGGUUAAGGCCAAAAAGCCAGCGGAGGAUACCACUAGUAAGAGGGCGAAAACGGUGGGCAUCGUACCUGGCGUUAAAUUCACGCCGCAUAACCGUGGUCAGUUCUUGACUGAUCUGAAUGUCCCAAAGCCUGCACGACGCGCUUCGGUUUCGCGUCCGGAAAUGGGAGAAGAAACUAUCGUCUGCACCCAAACGACGGAACUGCACUCGAUCCGCGAUGCCAUCGACGACUCCACAGUGUAUGCUCCGCCACAAAAACUGACGUUUAGAAACGUUACUUACACCAGCACUAGCGACUUUGGCCCUGGGUCUAGGGCUAGUAGUAGCGCUAGCACAAGUACGAGCGUCAUUAGACAGAGCAUCGUUGCCCGAGAACCACCUUCAUGCACCACAACCCAGAGGUCUAAAGGUCCCCUGAAACCGUUGUUGAAGCGAAAAAACCUUUACCAGGAACCUGAAAAUCGAAAUUCCGCGAUAGAACCACGAGCAAAGGUGAGCUUUGCUUCGGAAAUUAAAAUCAUGAUCGUCAAGCGGUACAUUGAAAUGCUGCCGGUCUCUCCCGAACCUCCGCAACAGCUUAGCGAGGUGAUGAGAGAGCAAGAGGUACUAGAAAUCUCCACCAUUGUAUCCUGGAGUACGGAUUGGCUCACCGCUUCUACUGAGCCGGUAAUGGAUACUCCAUUGGUUCCGAUGGAGGCGGAACAGUAUAGCUCAUUGCUCGCAUUCCAGUCUACAUUGCGGCCGAUUUUACAUGUGGAGUUAAAGUAUGACCUGUGGGCUCAGUAUAAGGAGCAAACUGCGCCGGUGAUAUGGCAGGUUGCAAUUCAGUGUGUUAAACCGUUGAAGCAACAGGUGAAGCAAUUGAUCUGCGAAUUGCACACAGACGCCACUAUUGCCAAUAAAUUUCUGACCGCCAGUGAAAUCGGUGUACUCCAAUAUACUACGUUCAAUGGUCAGCAAUGUUGUUGCUUUGCCUACAUGGCUACGAACGCUAGACCAAUCGGCAAUGGCUCGGACCGACUUAGAGAAAACGCAAUGCAGCGAUCUGUUCGUUAUAGUUGUCUCUUUUACAUAGCGUCCGAUACGGUAGACCAUACGGUAGGCCAAUGGGGACCAAUCACUUUUCGACCAAUUACACUUCUCAACACGCAUAUACGGCAACUGGUUGCGUUAGUCUUGCUAAAAAUCUCACCGCUGUGCCCAGAUGUCCUAUCACCUGCCCGCAAUCAAGACGUGUUGGUCGCACCCGGUGAGGGCUUCUUAGAACGGCCUAAGCUACGCAAUAACAUCAUAGCACGUACGCCACCGCAAACCCUAAAUGAGCAGCAAAUGCAGAUUAUGCUUUCCAUCUUGGAUGAAUGCUCUCGGAUGAAUCGAUCAAACAUUUCACUUAUCCAGGGGCCACCGGGCACUGGUAAAUCGCGUCUCAUCAUUCAGCUAGCAGUCGAGCUUUGGCAACUUGAUCCGUAUGCAGAUACUACGUCCGACUCAACGAUGGAAACUAAGAAGGUACUGAUCUGUGCACAAUCCAACACGGCCGUUGAUGUGAUUGCCAGUAAACUGUAUAAACUGCAACAAGCAAUGGCAUCUGAGAAGCAGUUCAAGGUGGUACGGAUAGGUUCGCCGGAAAGGAUUGAUACUGCCUGCCGUGAUAUCUACAUCGAUGUGUUAUUGUGCCAAUAUAUUCUGGACUACUGCAGUCGUGAAACUGAGGCCAAUAGAGAGCUGGCGGAUAUGCAGCAGUUGAAAAAGACGCUGAACUUAGAGUCCAGGUUUAAGGAUGUGCCAGUGAAGGAGGUGCGACGACGGGUGGCUAAUUUGAAGUUUAAUGAAAAAAAUUUGGUCCUCAAGAUUCGUGCACGUAUAUUGAAGGAAGCGGAUAUUGUCUGCACAACGCUCGGUAGCUGUGGUUCGCUCUUUGCGAUCGCGCCGGACAUACAUUUCCACUUUUGCAUUAUCGAUGAGGCCACUCAGUGUAACGAAGUGUCCUCGUUGCUACCCCUGCAAUAUGGAAUGUCUAAGCUUAUCCUUGUGGGAGACAUCAAGCAGCUACCAGCCACUGCGCUUGCACGAGAGUCUACCGAUGCCGGCUUGCGGCAGUCGCUAUUCGCGCGUAUCUACCGAUGUUACAGCGUUUCCGGCAUAAGGGAGGUCGGCGUGAAGGAGCUGAUUACUCAGUAUCGUAUGCACCCGGACAUUUGCAAAUGGCCGAAUGAAUACUUUUACAACGGAACGCUUAUCAGCGACCCAUUAACUACGGCCAUGUAUCGCAAUCUGCCGCUGAUACCGUACCUUGUCGUUAGUUUGGACUACGAUCAGAACCAGACGCAAGUGCAGCAUCACGUGUACAAUCGAGAUGAGAUGAUGGUGGUGGUGCAGCUGUUGCGGAAGGUGAGGCGAGUUUGCCCAAAGGGCACGAGCAUCGCGAUCAUUACGCCGUACCAGCGCCAGAAGUACGAAAUUGACAAGGAAUUAGUACGCCGGGGGUUACCGCAGAUUAAGGUGCAUUCCAUCGACUCGGUGCAGGGUAAGGAAUAUGAUGUCGUGAUCGUAUCGCUGGCACGUUCCCACGGCACCGGGUUUCUCAACACGGCCGAGCGAAUCAACGUCGCUCUAACACGUGCGCGCCAGUGCAUGGUUCUAUGCGGAAACUUCGCUUCGCUGAAGCAUACUCCGGUGUGGUCAUCGUUGUUGGAUGAUGCUGAAAACCGGCAACUGCUGCAUGUGCCGGACGAUUUUGGGGCCGACUCAAGCGCGCUGGUGGACAGCGUGAUAGGAAGACUGGUGGUUAUUUGUUCUAAACGCCCCCAGGAUAAUGGCACCGCAAUUUUUGCACCUAAACCAAAUCACCACUGCUAAACCUCCAAAGACUAAACGGAACAAAUGAUAGAUUGCCAAAAGUAGAUUACCAUGCCAUUCGCAGUGCCUUGUAUUACAGUAUGAAUUGAAUCUCAUGCGGAUAUUAGGAAAAUGUUUCGGAACAUUCCUAAAACAACCGCGCAACCACUAAGCAUAAUAAGUUCUGGUAAUGUUAUUUUUUGUAAUAAAAAAAAGCAAAACUUCCUAUUG